AUGAGAUUGUCGCUGACAUGGGUAUUGGCGUUUGUCGCGUCUUUCCGCGGGUCUUUGUGCGUUUAUUGGGAUGAGAACAACACAGCUGCGACUUACAAUGCAACUGCAUUGGUUGCACAAGGUUUGCUGGAUUACUACACAGGGCUACAAUAUGGUAAGCCCGUGGGUAUGUUUUCGGACCCUUACUACUGGUGGGAAGCUGGUGGAGCUUGGGGGUCAAUUUUGGACUAUUGGUGGUACACCGGAAACACUACAUACAAUGGGAUCUUAAAACAGGCGUUAUUGGCACAAACGGGUGAUAACAACGAUUAUGUGCCGCUCAAUCAGUCGGUAACAGAAGGUAACGAUGACCAGGCCUUUUGGGGCCUCGUUGUGAUGGCAGCUGCUGAAAGAAAUUUUGAAAAUCCAGCGGAAAACGAACCCCAAUGGCUUUACUUGGCCCAGGCCGUUUUUAACACCAUGGCUCUUCGUUGGGAUGACGAUACGUGCGGUGGUGGGCUUAGAUGGCAGAUUUUCACCUGGAACUCGGGUUACGACUACAAAAACACCGUUUCUAACGGAGCACUUUUCCAUAUCGCUGCUAGAUUGGCACGUUACACCGGGAACACCUCAUAUGUUGACUGGGCCGAAAAAGUGUUUGAAUGGAUGAAAGGGAUUCAUCUGUUGGAAGAAGAUGGCACUAAUCUGGUGUUUGACGGUGCCAAAGUAGAGGGUAAUUGCAGUAACAUCACUAAACUCGUAUGGACUUACAAUCAAGGCCUUCUAAUGUCCGGAUGUGCAUACCUCUGGAACAUGACGCAGGACGAAAAAUGGCAUGUUAGAACGUGGGAGUUUUUGAACGCCUCGAGCAUUUUCUUUAACGACAGUAUUCUCUACGAAGUAACUUGUCAGGGCGCUAACUCAUGCAAUACUGAUCAGCGGUCUUUCAAGGCUUACUUUUCCAGAUUUCUAGGUUUAACAGCGCAGCUGGUUCCACAGGCCAGAGACAAGAUCAUGAGUUGGAUUCACGCUUCUGCUAAAGGCGCAGCACAGUCUUGUUCUGGUGGUACCGAUGGACAUACAUGCGGACAAAAUUGGUUCUACAAUGGUUGGGACGGUUACUAUGGACUUGGUGAACAAAUGGCCGCGCUCGAAAUCAUGCAAAACACAUUUUGUCUUGAUAGACCCGCGCCUUACACGGCUCAAGAUGGUGGCACGUCGCAGGGUAACGGUGCUGCAGGAACAGAAACACAAGCUACUAACUUGAGCCCGUUGACCAUCACUACAGGAUCUAGGGCUGCUGCUGGGAUUAUAACUGCAGUCAUAGGUCUGUCCAUCGUUGCAUGUACAGUGUGGUUGGUCAUCUAG